AUGCUGCUGUUACUGUCUCUGCUGGCUGUUGGGUUCAAUCUCUGCAUAGCGGCGGCUCUCGCCCCGCUGGGUGUAUUGACCCAAGUUUCAGGUUUCGGUAGCAACCCAGCAGGGUUGAAAAUGUUCAUAUACGUCCCUCAAAAAACCGUCUCCUCGCCAGGCAUUGUCGUCACACUCCAUGGUGCCUCCGGCAACGCCCAGCAGGCGUAUACUUCAACACCUUACGCGAGCCUGGCUGAGCAGUAUGGGUUUAUCGUCAUUUAUCCCGAGUCACCGCAAGGCGCCUGGGAUGCCACGUCCAGCAGCUCUACCAUGCGUGACGGCGGCGGUGCCAGCCAAUCUAUCGCUACAAUGACUAGAUAUGUCAUCAACGUCUACAAUGCUGACACCACCAAAAUCUUUGCAUCUGGAAUCUCCUCAGGGGGUAGCAUGGCAAACACUCUAGCAGGAACUUACCCCGACUUAUUCAAGGGCGUCAAUAUUUACUCCUCUGGCUCUUCAAUUGACAUUCGAAGCAUGUAUCCCGGCUUUGGAGGAAGCUAUCCCAAGGUGCAGCUAUAUCUGGGCUCCGAGGACAAGGUAAUCGGAUCAGCUGCCUUUAACAGAACUCUUGCCAUGUGGGCCCCGGUUCUUGGCUACGACGCGAAUCCUGACAAGGUUCUCGGAAACAACCCGAUUACUGGCUGGACCAAAUAUGUGCUAGGAUCCAAGCUUGAGGGCAUUUGGGCCGAGGGAGUUGGGCACCCCGUCUAUAUCCAAGGCGCCGAAGAUAUGAAGUGGUGGGGAUUUGCUUAG